ACUGCUAACACAGUUCCCGCGCUGCCCGGGAAGGGAGAGGAAGUGCACGUGCGCGAUCGCGCGACGUCCAGUUUGAAAUAUUUAACAUUUUGAAUUUGUUUUAAUUCACCUUUAAAUUAUCAUUAAUGUUAUACACAUCAGCUAAACUGCAAUCUUGCCUUCUCCAGUAGUCGAUCUAAACAUCUGAGAGCGCGUGAAAUCAUGCGCGUCUUAAUUAGUUACUGAGCCGCGGUUUUUAAAACUGAGUGGCAGUUCUGUAAUAUCGGCUGAUUUAAUCGCUGAAACAUGAUUAAACUGAGCCGACCAUGGGCAGAAACCGCACCGUCUGGACCUGCUCACAGCCUGCAUAUCCGGCGCGGCCCGCGAAGAACAAGGCCGAACACAGCGGCUCGGAACCAGCCUGACUCCGCUCAUCAGCCUCGCAGGAAGACGCCCGGGCCGACCCUGCUGAUCCAGAGGCAGGAGAUGGCCGCCUUCUUCAGACUGUUCGAUGAUGAUCUAAUACAGGACUUUCUGUGGAUGGACUGCUGCUGUAAACUUACAGACAAGUAUUUGUUGGCUAUGACAUUUGUGUACUUCAGGAGGGCUCGCUUCAGUAUCACUGAACACAGUAGAAUGAACUUCUUCCUUGCCCUCUAUCUGGCAAACACUAUGGAAGAGGAUGAGGAGGAAACCAAAUAUGAGAUCUUCCCCUGGGCUCUGGGAAAGAGCUGGAGGAAACAUUUCCCACGAUUCCUAAAACAAAGAGACCAGUUGUGGGCACGCAUAGAGUACAGAGCGGCUGUCAGCAGACAAUGCUGUGAGGAGGUAAUGGCUAUUGUGCCAUCUCACUUCAUCUGGCAGCGCGAGCGUGCAGAGCAUCACAGUGGAGCUCAGAGACUGUACCAUAACCGUGAGGAGAUCCUCAUUCCCCGCGGGCCCUCUGCUUCGCCAGAGCCUUGUUUUCUCUGUGCCAAGACCUCUGCUCUUCCUGUGCCUCGUCCAUUCUCUAUUGGAGCCCACUCUUCAUCUGUGCCACUGGAGGCCAUUGCACACAAGGCCCAAGCUUCACAUGGGCCUAGUAAGAAGACGAAAGCUCAGCACACCUGUAAUUGUAAGACUAAAUCAGGCAUGCUUACAGGAAGAGAUGCAUGUCAAGAUCAUUCAAUGGACUGGAUCAGUGAGGAGUAGCUUGAUUGCAUAACAGCAAACAGAUCAUUGAUGCCUGUUGACCAUAUCAGAGGCAUUUCAGCUGUCUGAGGGCCACAAAAGAAUUUCAGUCUCUAAACUGACCUGAGAAAUGUACAGCUUUGGUGUGAAUAGGGUAAUAGUCAUGUACAUUGUUCAUUUAAGAUGUAAAGAAUAUGUCAGAAAAUAUUGUGUGAAGGUUCGUACAUGUAUUUUACUGUAUCAUAAUCCUCAUCACUAUUUAUUUCUAAUUGUUGUGCAAAGUACUUUGCUAUUUCUCUAGUGCGCACUUUGUUACUCUCUUAUGUCUUAGACAUAAGUGUGAAUGAAAUGUUUAGGAGUUAAACAUGGCAGGAUUAUUAAGUCUGUGUCUUAAAUAAGUAUAACAUCUGGCUGAUAUAAAUAUGAAUAAACACCUAUGAAAUUUAGUCCAUGAAUGGAGCAGAUAGAUUCACUAUAUUUUGGCUUAAAUACACAAGAGCAUGAAAGGAAAAUGCA